ACCAUGCACAAGGCAGACUACGUCGCGAUCGCACAAGCCGUCUAUGCCUCAGCCCAGUCCCCGGACGAUCAGCUCGCGGGGCCGGUCCAGGAAGCACUGCAGGUCAUAGACGAGGCAUUUGACACAUGGGGACAAGACCAUGUAUCUCUGAGCUUCAACGGCGGCAAAGAUUGUACCGUCCUUCUCCACCUGGUCGCCGCUGCACUCGGGCGCCGGUCGUCUGCGGAAGCGCCCCCAAAGCCGCUCGCCGCCGUCUGCAUCCCCGUGCCAUCCCCCUUUCCCCAGCUCGAAACGUUCAUCGACGAAGCUGCCCAAGCGUACGACCUCGACCUGUUCCACUGCCCGCACCAGUCCGGUCCUAGUUUCCCUGUGGAGACCGUUGCAACACCCGGGUCGGUGCGCCCACCCGUUCCCGAUCUCUCCAAGAACGUCAAGGGUGGCGAAGGCAUGCGCCAGGCUCUCGAGACGUACAAGACACGCUUCCCGCACAUCGAGGCCAUUCUCAUUGGCACGCGGCGCGGCGAUCCACACGGAGCGAAGCUAAGCUUCCGCAACCCGACAGACGCUGGCUGGCCGCAGUUCGUGCGCGUAAAUCCUAUCAUCAACUGGUCGUACGCAGACGUGUGGGCGUACCUCCGCCGGUUCGACGUCCCGUACUGCAGCCUGUACGACGAGGGCUACACAUCGCUCGGCUCGACGUACAACACCUUCCCGAACCCUGCGUUGCGCGAGUCGUGCACACGGUGUGCGCCGCCACCGAACGGCGUCUCCAGCACGUCUGCGGCGAAACCCACGACCAACGGACAUCACCCCCCGAUGCGGCAUAUCGAACCCCUCCCGGACACGUUCACCGUCCUGCAUGGCGGUUCGGGCGCUAUCUGCAUCGGGGACACACACCCUGGCGCCCCGCUCCCGCACCGGUCGUUCCUCACGGACCUCACGGCCGCCCCAGGCCAGAUGUGCGAGGUCGACCUGAUCGACGAGCUACUCCCAUCAGCGGCGGCGGCGUCCCCUGAGUGCGAGUGUGCGUCGCAGUACCGCCCCGCGUACGAGCUGCAAGACGGCACGCUCGAGCGGGCAGGGAGGGCGGGUGGGGCGGCGCCCCCCGGGCCUGCGGCGGCGGCGAUCGCAGCGGCCGCCACGGCUCUAGCGCGAGCAUGAACUAUAUCUUCUGGCUGUUGGAGUCCUGGAUUGUAUUGAUGUGAUGUGGGGCGGCCCUGACGUUGUAUUAUAGACUGUUUCUCUAGAUAUUAACCUGUGAUAUCGAUGCUUCUUG